UUCAGAAAUGGCAUUUGAAACCACACGGUAAAUGAGGACACCACUCAAGACCAGCUGGGCUGAGCACAACCAAAGCCUGGGCCUUGCCAACAGAGCAUCAAAUAUAUUUACCUUUACUCCUCCUCACUUGAGAACAGUAGGUCUUUACAAUAAAUAUCCAAGUGCAUACAUCACAAUAUACGUUAAAAAAAAAGAAACACACAAAAACAGUUCCGACUCGGACUUCAGCUUAGGAAGCACCCUAUCAGUUGUUCAGGGCACUCACAGACACCUGCCACGCCGCUGAGCUAACAUGGGUGUGGCUAGGUAAGCGAAAGCGGACGGAUUUUAGAUGACAUUUGACAUAUCCUCUGCCUUAAUCCCUCAAAACCUCCCACUGCAACAGGCAGAAUGGUUUGGUUGGUGUCAUCCUCCCCACAUUCUUCACAGAAUGCGGAUGAGGAAUAAAAGCGGGGGACAGAAGAGGCCGAGAGUCCACAUGGGCGGCCCUGAAAUAAUUAGGAACUGGCGGUGAUGGUUAUUUGCACUCCUGCCACGCCUCGCCAGGUAGAGGUUUACUUUUUUAAGAGCGUGUCUAGGUGUCUAGCUCUGUGCUGGGUGGAAUGACACCCCCACCCCCGACCCACUACUCAUGGGUGUUGAACCUUAUCUGGGGGGCAAAGUCCUGCACAGAUACAACACUGGGAGCACACGACGGUCGCGACGCUAAGCGCCGGGCACCGAGGUCGACACGGACCAGCUGGAGGAGGCGGGGUCCGCGUGGGAAGCGCCCUCGUCCCGGACAUCAGCAGGACCCCCGCGACGCUCCAGUUUUCCUUUCCGCCGUCACGUUCAGUUCCAGCACUGGUUACUGUGCGCCUCGAGCCGCCGGACGCCCGGAGCGGGCGCAGCGAGGACCCGGGGACUACGGGGCAGGGGCUCGCGCGACGCCCCACCGGGCAAGGCCGGGGACGCCUGCUCCGGGGGAGACGGGGGUCGCCUGCGGUGGUCCGGCCCUGUACUUCCUGCUCCCUGCGACUCCUGACCCGCCGCCGCCGCGGCCACCGAGGACGCCUCACCUGCUGGCCCCGGUGACCACCACCACUUUCCGCAUGGUCUCCCUCCCCACCGCCGAGCCGCGCAGGGGCCCCGCCACCGCCUCCGGAGCAGAGGAAUCCAGUCACCCUACGCGGCCACGCCGCCGCCGCUGUCCAAUCAGAGCCCGGCGGGGCCCCCGCUCCCCUCGCGUCAUCGACUCCGCCCUGGGCCCUCCAAUCGCGGCCCGCCGUGCGCUCCCGGAGCCGGGGCCCGGGUGGGGUGAGACCACUGGCCUUAAGGAGUGAAGAACCGAACUUUCGCAGAAGAUAAGGUCUGACUACAUUCAAAAACAGGUGCCAUGAAUACCAGCAGGUCUGUUCAGGGUCAUGUUGACAUACACCUAACUGCUGGGGCACCUGCUUCUCCUCCAUGUAGCCCCCCUCCCCCUUGUCCCAUGCCUUCCCUUUUAAAAGCCUCCACCUUGGUCUGGAUGGGCAAGAUGGUCUUUGAGAAGC